GGCAAACUAUACAAUUUAAUACUUGUUAUUAUAGACCGAUUUAUAAAAUUUUCCUUAUAUAUUCUAAUAACUAAUCGUCUUACUAGCGACAGACUAGCGUCUCUCUUAAUAUACUACGUUAUACGACAAUUUAGAAUUCUAGACAGUAUUGUCUUAGACUAA